AGGUGCCCGGCUAUAUCAGGCGGCGCAGCGGCGGCGGCGUUGCGGCUGCCCCAUGGCGGCGCCGGCCAUGGCCGAGCCGCGCUCCAAGCGGCCGCGGGUGACGCUGCCCGCCUGCCCCGCGCACCGCCCGCUGCCCGCCAGCCGCGUCCGCCACGGCUUCCCGCCCGCCGUGGAGGAGGCGCUCUGCGGCCUCACCGGCGCCCAGCUGGAGCUGCACUACUGCCUGCAGGCGCUGGGUGAAUAUUUUGAUCAGUCACAUGUGGCUCUACCAAAUAUUUCGAAGUUCUUCCUGCAUCAAGCUCUGGAAGAGAGAAAAGCCGCAGAGGCAUUGAUGAAGUAUCAGCAGGAAAGAGGAGGCCAUUACUGCUCUAAAACCAUCCAGAAACCAAACUGUGAUUAUGCAGUCGGUCUGAUGAAAGCCCUGGAACUAGCAAUGGUACAAUGGAAAACUAUGCUACGAUAUUUUGAAGAGCUUUAUGCCCUAAGUGUUGAAAAUGCAGACCCUCAUAGUGCAAGCACUAUCAAGAAACAAUUUAUUGGGCCCAAAAUCCAGAAGAUCAAGCUGAUGGGAGAUCUGCUGACCAAUGCUCGCAGGCUUGACUGUUCCCAGGAUGGCAGAAAUAGUCUUGGGGACUAUUUUAUGGACCGGCUGCAGAAAGAGUUCAGGACCAGCAUAGAGCCAGAGUCCAGUGAUCACUGCAGCCCCUGCCCGCCUCUCCAGCAGUGCACAGGAGCUGCAGAAGGUCUGAAGCGACCCCAGAGAGAAUGCUCCCAGCACAGAAAUGGCAUAGGGCCAAUAUAUGCAACCAUACACUGCACCACCAUGCUGCCACAGUGUAACGAUGGCACAGGAGCAAAGGUGAAGCAGGGCAGGGAGGGCCUUUAAUGCUCAGGCUGCUGCAGCUACAGGGCAGCUCCUCAGGCAAACCUGUCCUGAGGGUGGAGAUGGGACCAAAACUCAGGAGACACAAUGCUCUGUCCCUCCUCCUGCUUUACAUCCCAUCCCCUCAUCCUGUGCUGAGUCACAGCUCAAAAUCUAGCCCGCACCACUAUUUGCUUUAAAUGAUAGCAAGGUUGCCAGCUAGAUUGUCACAUUUAUCUAUGCAAUUCUUCCUAGAAGCCAAAAGUUCUUAAGCUUCUUCUUUCUCUUAAAUGAUUAAUAGGAUCAGUUAGUGCAAAUUAUUUUAAGAAUAUGUAUAAAUUUUAUUAAAACAAAUAAAAAAGAAAUCACUGCACCUUUAAUGCAAGGAAACUUUUAC